UCUUGCUUUCUGAUUGGUUUAAAAACCUCUCAGAAGCCAACACAGCUGGCAAGAGGACAACAAAUAUGCCGCGGAAACUGAGAUCCACAAGCUCUGGUGACAAACCAUCAGUUGUCAGGAAGCAUGAUGACCCCACAAGUACAUCUCAAGAGGCUGGUGGUGCACCAUCAUCAAGAAGCUACAGUAGUGAACCAGGCCCAUCUACAUCUCGACAAACUGAUGCUGCACGUUUAAGAAGAGGCUGUCAGACUAGGUCUUUUCUGGAUCUCCUUGAUGAAAGUGACUUCAGUGAGAGUGAUGAUGACUGGCUACCCGAGGCAGUGACGUCAUCUGGGAGACUAAUUGGAGUUGAAGAAGCUGUCACUUCUUCAGACUCGGAUUCUGAAGAAGAUCUCCAGGAGAUAUCUGUAUCUUCAACUGCUGGGGAGCCAAGAAGAUUGUUUUACCUACGAAAUAAAUCUUUCGUAGACCAUGCUCCUCAGAAUGCAACAGAAAAUUUAGGAGCUUGUAACUUACUGAAACCAAUUGAGUAUUUCCUAUCUUAUGUCAGUGAGGAUUUUUUGGGAGAUAUUGCAAUGUAUACAAAUAUGAAAUCAAUUGAAACUACAGGUGCAUGUAUUAACACAAACAGCAAAGAAAUUGCCACUUUCAUAGGAAUGACAUUUGCUAUGUCAAUCAUAAAGAUGCCAAGAAUUAGAAUGUAUUGGCAGUCAAAAACUAGGAUCCCUUGGAUAGCUGAAAAUGGCAAGAGACAGAUUUUUCCGUCUCAGACAUUCCUUAAAGGUUAUUAA